GCGCGCCGGGCGGAGCCGGGCCCCGCGUGCUCAGUGCCGCUGCCGAGCCGCCCCGGGCCCAGCGGUGCCGGGCUGUGCAGUGCCUCGCCCGGCGUCUCCCCCGCGCUCCGUGGCCGGGACAGAGGCCAGGUCCCCAGGGCGCCUCAGUCUCUUCCUUGAGAUGCGAAAGCUGCUACAUAGGCAGCACUACUCUUUAUCCAAGGGACUCGGGUGUAACCAUGGAUGAGAGCCAGGGCCCCCUUGAAUAGUUUCUAAUGAGAUGAGUUUAGUCAUUCGAAAUCUGCAGAAAGUCAUCCCCCUCAGGCGAAUCCCACUUCGCAGAAGAAUAGAAAUCCUUCAGAAGAUUUUGGACGUGCAGCAGUUCGACCUGGGCGUUAUCUGUGUUAAUAACAGAAACAUUCAACGUCUCAAUAGCACCUACAGGCAAAAAAAUGUCCCCACUGAUGUGCUUUCCUUCCCUUUUCAUGAGAAUCUGAAAGCAGGUGAGCUGCCUCAGCCUAGUUUUCGAGACGAAUACAAUCUCGGUGAUGUUUUCCUAGGAGUAGAGUAUAUCUAUCAACAGUGCCAAGAAAAUGGGGAGGAUUACUACAGCAUUCUUACAGUGACUGCAGCUCAUGGACUGUGCCAUUUGCUGGGAUACCAGCACAACACAGAAGCGGAGUGGGAGCAGAUGUAUCAAAAGGAAAAGCAAAUUCUUGAGGAGCUAAAUGGAAUCACUGGUGCAAACCUCCAGCCACUGACUAAAAACCAUUUCUGAUCACGUUGCAAAAAAAAGAAAGAAGACCCAGAAAAAUAAAUCCUUAUUCUACUAAGAAACCAAGUAGCAUGGAUACAACUAACUUAAGUAUUAAAUGAUUUAUUUAACAGAUAUCUAUGUUAACUUCAUAUAGUGUCAACAGAAUGCCUUACAUUGUAGUGUGUAAUAAAAUUCAGCCAAACAGCUCAUCUCUCAA